CACGCGCAGCCGAUCGCUUGCCCGCACCACGCUUGAGCAAUCGAAUGUUCAACCCCGUGAUAAAAGCAAUAAAUUUACAAAUACAGUGUUUCCUUCAAAAGUUACAUGCGUGCAAAUGACAAAAUAUGUUAGUAUUAAAUAAAUAAAAUAAAAUAAAAAAUGUUACAAAACAAAUGAACCAUAAAGUGAAUAUCCGUUGCCACAAUGACGUUACGGGUGGACGCGCUCGGAGAAAAAGUGUUGAAUGUGGAACCAUGCAAGUGCACCAAACUAGAAUUGAAGAAGACGGAGAUGAAACUGAGCAAAAGACUAAAAGAAUUUCUAAAAUCAUUUUGGGAGGUUAGAUCGAAAGUUACAGUUGAACCAUUUGUCAUAUGUUACAUUCUUCCGAGCGUUCUUGCCGGAUUAGCAGUACAGAAUCUGUGCUUAGAGAAAGCAUGUCUCGUCAAUCUUGGAUACGACGAAAGUACUUGCAGACGUAUAAUGCAGGGACGUAACGAGAAUCAUACGGCUGAAGAGCAAAAUGUGCAAGCGUUAGUGACGGGUAUGACUGCGUGGAGUUUUCCUCUGCAAACAGCGCUUCCUGGAAUCCUAGCCUUAUUCAUUGGUGCUUGGAGUGACCGCACCGGGAACAGGAAAACCUUUAUGGUAUUACCCAUACUUGGGAAACUAAUCUCGGUGAUCGGGAUAAUAUUGAGCACCAUUUUCUUCCUUCAGGUGGGAAUGAACGAGACUGCAGUCUUAGAGGGUCUCCCACCUGCCUUGGCCGGUGGGCGUGUAGCCAUGACCAUGGCCGUAUAUAGUUACGUCACAGACAUUACAAGUGACGCCGAACGGACUUUUCGAAUAGGGAUUAUCACCGCGAUACUGACUCUUAGCAGACCUGUAGGGCUUGCUCUUAGUGGAAUAAUGACAAAGCGCGUAGGUUAUAACAAUGUUUUCAUGAUAGCGUGUGUGUUCUAUUUAACCGGAUUCAUAUACAUUGUUGUGAGAUUAAAAGAGAAGACAAAGAAAACAGUGGAUGGUGAGAAAAUGCAUACGAUAUUCUCCAUGUUUUCUAUAAAGGACUUGGUUGCUACGGUGAAAGUGGCCUUCAAGUCCCGGCAGGGGUCGCGGCGUCUGCAGUUGCUUUUAAUCUUGUUUGCGUACAUGCUAAUGGUGGGCCCUGUUUUAGGUGAGGCGCAGAUGACGUACUGGUUCACCAGGUACAAGUACAGAUUCACCGAGAUCGACUACAGCUUAUUCCUCACAUACUCCGUCCUUGUUGGAAGCGUUGGUUCCUUCAUAACAAUAUAUCUGUUCACCAAAAGAUGGAAAGUGGAGGACAGUAUUAUCGGCGUGGUUGCUUGCCUGAGCAGAAUAGCUGCGUGUGUGGUGUACGCCAUGGCGCCGAACCGCACCGUCUACUACCUCGGUCCUCUACUGGAUAUGUUUAGUUCCGCUGGAGCGACGUCUUUGAGAUCUAUUGCAACGAAACUUGUUAAUGCGGAUGAAAUUGGUAAAACAAGCUCUCUAAUCAGCAUAUCGGAAGCAUUGGUUCCCGUGAUAUACUCCCCCGUGUAUAGUAAGGUCUAUAUGGCAACAAUGACUACUUUUACCGGCGCCUUCUACCUCAUAAGUGUGGCGUUGGCUAUACCUGCUAUUGGUAUUUUAACUUUACUAUUUGUUCUACACAAAAAGGAAGGCAACGAAAAACCAGGGACGCCCGAGAUGAAGCCCAGGGAUAACGAAGUAACUCGUUUUUGACAGAUAUUUAUUAUUGUUAAGUUUUAUUAAUGUUGCCU